AUGCCCGGUACUAGGGUUCCCACUCUGGUGGCCAUGGUAGCCGUGAUCUUGGGUGUUUUGGUCGUCUACUUUGAACUCUCUCGUGACUUCCUUGCCCAAAGAAGCGUCGAGUAUGGGUUUCCAUCACUCGGGGUGUUUUCUCUCACAUCAACUGUUGUCGACCCUGUCCGCGAUAUCAAAUACCUGGGCAUUCGUUCAGCUGGAAUUGAGCAUUUUCAUGAGAUUUUCUACGCAGAGAGCCCAACCGGCGAAAAGCGAUUUGCGCCACCGGUCCCCGUAGAGCCUACUAGAGGAUCGAUCGUCGAUGCGACACGUCCUGGGGCCUGGUGUCCCCAGGGUACUGGAGAUAUACUUCCUUUCACGAGUCGUGUGGCCAACAUCAGCGAGAAUUGCUUAGGUUUGAGGAUCGCCCGGCCCAGCGGCGUGAGCAAGAAUGCCAAAUUACCGGUGGUAGUAUGGAUCCAUGGAGGCGGUCAUGCGUUGGGUUCCGGGUCCGAUGUCUUAUACACCCCAGAUGGCUUGGUCAAGCAAGCUGCGGCAGAUGAUCGACCUUUGAUAUACGUUGCGAUUAACUAUCGCUUCGGCUUGUUCGGCUUUGCAACAAGCAAGGCAAUGAUCGAGGCCGGACAGACGAACGUGGGUCUUCGUGACCAACGGGCCGCUCUUGAAUGGGUUCGAGAUAAUAUCGAAGUGUUUGGUGGUGAUCCAAAUAAAGUGACUGUCCUGGGACAAAGCGUAGGAGCUAGCGAUAUUGGCCUGCAGUUGACAGCAUUUGAUGGAACGCAAGGGGUUUCAUUCCAGCAAGCAAUAAUGAUGUCGGGCGGUCCAGGCCUGAACUUCAAUAGCAAGCCCGAUCUUGUCGCAGAAAACACCGCAGCAAUCGCAAGACAAGUCGGAUGUACUGGGGAUGGCGAUUCUCAGUCCUCGAAGGUCCUGGAAUGCCUACGGAAUGUACCCUUUGAAACACUGGCCAAUCUCUCCGUCACGGCUUCUCGCGCCGCUCGCCCACCUUUCGGUGAGGGUUUCUUCUAUCCAACCAUUGACGGCGACUUUAUCCGCGAUCGGCCAUCCCAGCUGUUGCGUGCAGGUAAAUUUGCCAAAGGAAUUCCGGUGAUUGGCUCCUGGGUAACGAAUGACGGGGCCUGGUAUGCAUCCCCUCUGACGUCGACCGACGAAGACGUGCUGAGUAGCUUUGGGCUGUGGCUUUUCAAUCUUUCGAAUUCAACCAAGCAACGAAUGCUAGAGCUCUAUCCACGUGAGGAUUUUGAACACAUGGUUCGAAAUGAAUCCGACGGUCCGGUCUCCGCACAAUACUACCGCGCCGCGCAAAUGAAUCGGGAUAUCUGGUUCACGUGCCCCGUUCUGGACUUUGCAUGGCAGUACGUCAAGAAUGGCGGCGUGGGGCCUUCCCAGGCUCGAGUCUACGAGCAUAACUCUACUAGGUUCACCCCUGUAUUCGAGAAGAUGGGCGUUCCGUUGUGGCGGGUCGCUCACCUGAGCGAUAUCCCGUACGCCUUGAACGUCCAGCAUCUCGAGGGUGGUGCAGAUAACUCUGCCUCGCAGCUUGCCUUGGCCCGGGUGGUGAGUGGAGCCAUCACGGAUUUCGUAAAUACGGGGACCCCAGAGAACGAGGCUGGUCAAAUCAAGGGAUGGCCUGCGGUCUUUUCUGGCGCAACCAGUCAAGACUUGGCCGGGGAGUCUCCAAGCGGGCUCUCGAUCCAGGUGUUUGGGGGUCCAUACGGGACAGGUCCAGCGAGUUUGAGAAAGGAUACGGAUGUGGACAAGGCUACUGAAGUAGAAAAGGCCAUCUACUGGGCGCAACUAUUCCGUAGAUGCGAGUUUAUCAAUAGCGAGCGGAUGCGGGAGGAGGCUGGCGUGUAA